ACGCCCGGCCACUAGCUUGUAGUUAUUAUAGCACUGUUGCUAGUCACUAGUUAGUACUCUUAGUAGCCGUUACGCUUUACACCAUUUUACUAUUAAACACCGUUAUUUCCCAACGUUAAGAUGGGUGUCCAAAUGUCAACGUCCGAAAUGUCGUCUGAAGGGUCGUCCGAAAUGUCGUCUGACGACGAUGAACCGGAUGAUAGACGCUCCGACGACAUGCGUUCCGACAGUUCGGAAGACGCUGAAGAUGUCGAAGACAACGAUAAUUUAACUUAUUACCAGCGUCGAAUAAUUAAGCAACCUUCUCUAAAUCGUGUUGCAAGAAUGUCAUCUAUGGAGUCCGGAACUUCGCAACCAUACGAAUCACCACCGCCACGCAAACAAAAUCAACCACCGCUAUCACAGCGUGUAUCUUCACCGUUGAAUGUCGACUCAACCACUGCUGAUGUAGAAGCCGAAAAAAUGAAAAAACUUUUGGAAUGGGAGCUGUCAGCAUUGGAAGCAGAUGACUUGCGAUCACAUGCCUGGUACCAUGGCCGACAGGUGGAUCGAACCGAGGCUGAGCGGUUAUUACGCCAGUGUGUCGCUGAAGAGCAUGGUUCUGCUACUGCUACUUUAAUCGCUGCAAAUGACACGAUUACCUCUCCGAACAAUGUUACUGCUACUGCCACUAAAGGAUCUUCAUCAUUACAACAUCAUGUCGAAGAAGAAAACAGUGAUUCGGAUGGGAUGGAUGAUGUCAGCAGUGAUAGCAGUGACGCGGAUUUCACUAUUGAUGACUGCAAAGAUGAACGUGACGUGGUACCGGAUCCGUCCUUGGCCACGCGCCGCCGCAUUGACGGUGUGUUGCCGUUGAAAAGACCCAAGCGGCCCCACCGACCCCGGCGGCAUUUCUAUUGUUUCUUAGUUCGAGACAGUCUGAAUGUCCGGCCACCGGGCCGAUACGUUGUGUCGUGUUUGCGGGUUGACAAGUACGAAGAUCUUGAGACCGGGGACAAAAACAUAUCCCAACGCAGUCAUGAUGAUGAGCAGCGACGUAAGUUUCGGCGAAAACAACAAAGGAGACAGCGAAGGCAGCACCGACAUCCGGUGUUGCAUUUUGUCGUGAAUGAGAUAAUCCUACAACCCGGAACAGUAUAUGAGCGAUCGCAAUUCAGUUUUGGGGAAAGCUUACCCUCAAUGACUACAGCUAUUUCAACUGCUGUUGUCAACAACAACGUUGGGCUUAUUAACGACCAACGACAAUGUCAGCCAGGAUUUGAUAGUGUGCCCGAUUUGAUCAGGUACUAUGUUGGUGGUGCUGAUGACAAUGCUGUACUUUCUUAUGGAGGUGGUAACGAUGGCGUUGUAAGUGGUAGUAUGACACUUUCCCGAACAUCGCAAACUGAGGUACGAAUUCGGUAUCCAUGCAACAGGCGUCGCCCACUGAUGACUGACACCUCAUUGGCUGCAUCUCCAAAUAUUCUCCCGAGUACGGUAGAAAAUUCUCGGUUGGUGCGACAACGUUGCCGUACUUUAACUACGGCAUCCACCCGCACUGAAGCACUACGGGUAUUAUCCACUUCUCUUGGUGAAGAAACUGAAGCGUCAACCUCAUCUCAAAAUACAAAUCAUCGACGCCAUUCGCCAUCGCCACCUCCUCAAACUUCAAAAUGGAUGCGCAUGCAGUCUUCAUCAAGGUCAUCAGUCCGAAGAACUCCUUCAGCGACCGUAACUUCCGCAAUGGUUACAUCAGCUACGUCUUUGAAGCCUUCUUCAGCAGCAGGAUCAGCAAAUCAAACUCAGUCAUCAAUCACUGGAUCCACAUCAGGAUCACCAGAUCCGUCAGUCACAACUUUACCACGUCUGUCGAGAUCACCCCAUGACCUCUUAAAAACUUUUCCAAGCCGUUUUAAACCUGGAAUCGCAUCAACAUCAAUGGGCUCGUCAAUUAAAACUCUACCACACCAACCAAAAUCAUCUUAUCCACUUCCUUCAACCUCUGGAUCUUCAUCAUCAUCAUCAUCAUCAUAUGAACGUCCUUCAACGUCGGGGUCAAAAUCAAAUUCGGACCAAUCAAGUUUUUCACUACGACGCACGCCAUCAUACUCAGGUAUGCCAUCGGGAAGUACUCCACAUAUGACAAUUUCUGAUUUAUUAUCAUCACCGUCAUCUUCGACGGAUUCAUCAAGGCUUUCACGGAGUAUAUCAAGGACUAAUUCAUUAAGUCGUGAAUUUAAUGAACCACGGUCCAGUGUUUUUAGUAUUACGGCGAUGGGCACGAAUGAGGGUGUACCAACACCAGCCAUCAAUAUAGAUUCCCCUGGGAUACCAUCUUCAGUCAGAGAUAGGUUCAAUGAGAGUGCGGUUGAUUUAUUUUCCUUGCCUUUUGAGACCGCAAUAAUGUCAUCAUUUGUCCGAAUAAGGGUACGCAAUGGCUUUCGGAGUAUGCUGAACAGGGCGAUGCGACCUCAGCAUUUAAGUCAAUCUGGUAGGUCUGGUAGGUCCGAUGGCCCACAGAGUAGGUCAGAAAGCCGUCGGAUUCGGCCCGAAAGACGCCGAGUUCUUACUAACAGCCAGAAUACAUCGAGUUCCUCAGAAAAUGAGACCGAUGACGAGGAACAAGAGCAACAGCAAUCAUCAUCUUCCGAUUCCUCUUCCAUUUCAACGUCCACGUUGAAGGAUGAAGAGCUAGAGUGUAAUAGAGGUGGAAAUGGACAGUUAAUCGAUCGUCAGAAAGUAGAUGGCGCUGUAGAGCAACCUCAACAAAAUGAAAGCCAAUUCACAGGCAGGCAGGUAGUAAAUAGCCAAAGGGAAACCCAGGAUAAGGAGGUCCUAGAGGAUGAGAAUCCGAUCCAAAAUGUAAAAGUGAGGCAUAAAAGUGUAGAAGAAGAGCAUACACGUCUUAAUAGAUGGGUUAAUACAAAGGUAGAUCAAAAACAAAGUGAUGAGCAGAAAACUUCGGAUUCAGAUUCCAACGUGGAAAACUCAUCGGAAGAAUCUGAAAAUCAAAAUUUUCGGAAAUGCCGCACUCGUUGGACUAACACAAUGCGUCAAGGGUUAGUUGACACGCUGGAACAGCCACAUAUGGAUCACCAGAAUCGACAACUGACUCGAAUUACGGAGACACAAGACUGUGAUCCCCGACAACGAAGUUCGCGGCAUAUGCAACAGACGCUAAAUGAAGACCAGGAGGUGGAUCAUACGAUAGAGAGUAUGGAUACAGAAUUGCAUAGAAGCAUUCCAGAUACAGAAACCAGACAAGCAAUAUUAACCAAUCGCACAGACCGGGCAGCCACAGUUUCCCCAGCUCAAACUGCUGACACUAGGAGUUCUACUAGGCUUGUAAAUAGGAACUUGGAUGGAGACAGGAUUAGGCGACAUUUUAGUUUACGAACACUUUCAAUCCAAGAAAGAAACGCUCAAUUUGAGCUAGGCGUUUUACACCGGCAUAUGCAGCAUCUUAAUAGACUUUUGAUCGCUUCGGAAAACCACCAGUUGCCGACGGGGGGCGACCUUUCGUCGGCAGGAGAGUACCUCAGAGAACACGUGAUUCCUCCGGGAGAAACCCAACUUCAAGUCAACCAAGAGGGCGAAGGCGCCCCCGUGACCAAAGCCGACCAAUCGAAUACAACCGCCGUCGUGUCCAGUACCGACACAUCCGGCCAAGAAAAAGGUACUUGUUCUGUUGGUGUCGGCAGUAUUGGGUACAGGCUGGCUUGCGAUUACGUAAACAUCAACCCUCGAAUAGAUGACCAUAACAAUUCAUUCGACAAAAGUGAUAAACAACAUCACAACACCAAAAAUCUUGACAGGAGCCAUCACAAAAAUUAUAAACACCAAGGCAGCAAACGACAAAGUAAAAGCUACAAUAGUUUAGUUGAUGACAACACCCAGUCGGGAGCUGAUUAUGAAAAUAUUAUUUCUCACAUCACUGAUGAUACCAAUGAUUUUAAUUAUGAAAAUAUAGGAAAAAAAAGUGAUGAAAAACGGCAACAACUAAUUAAUGACUUUAAUGGAGGUAGUACAGCAGUUGCUGCCGCUUUGCGGGCCGUUCACCUGGCAAUCAUUGGUGAUCCUGACGACACCAGUGGAGCAUCAGUGGGUACGGGAAGACUAGCAGCCGCCUUGUGUCGUGCUGAUGGCCGGGUAACCGUAUUACCAUAUCGACGGAAUUUUACUAAAAGUGAACAAGUUGGACCACUUUUGAGUACGUGUCCGCUUCAACUUUUGGGUCAACCAGGACCAGCGGGACGGCGAGCUCGUCUUGAUGUCAUAGAAAGGUUUGCUUGUCUACAGUACCUUGUCGCAAUGACAGUAAUAGUGACACCUUGUCUGCUACUAAUUGGCAGUGAUAUCAAUGACAAGGAAAAUCUCGAGUGGAGUUUGGAAGAUGAAUAUGAAUACCGGCGUCGGCGGUUCUAUUACAAAUGUGCCGGUAUCAGUAGUCGGUGUGUCUCCGAUAACAAUUCCACUUCUGAUGACGAUGACGAGAGUUAUAAACUAACAGCUUAUUCAGAUUUUGACUCUGGUUAUUCAUUGCCACCAAGAGAAGAAUGGGCUGUUGAAAAACGUCACUGGUUGGAUCUACUGACUAGACACAGGGCAGCUGCCUUGGAUAAGUGGAUUCGUACGGCAGCUGAUGCCAAACAGGCAGUGGGUGAUGUCUUUGGUUAUCGGGCUCUCAUGUCCGCGCUAUGUUCUGACAGGAUCCAGGCACUUCAAGAUGCAUGGGCAACUCUUCGUCGGCUACACACUGCCACAGCCGUGGCGUUCGAGUCCCGGCUUCGACCCGAGUUUCUAGGUCGCAGAGAAAAAAAUGUAGUGGCGGUGUUGGGGAAACCAGGCAUUAAUGACAUUGAUGACAACGACGUGAAUGAGCUACUACAGCUUCCACCUAACGCAACAGUACCUGAUGCCACAGCAUUGGCUGUACUAUACGAACAUUUGUAUAACGACAAUAAUUCUGAUACUAAUAGUGGCAUCAACACCACUGCUGCUAUCUCAAAUGAUAUUGGCAGUAAGAAGGAAAAAGACCCUAGAUUAUCAUCAUUUUUUACUUCACCAUUGUUAUUGUCACCUUCGCCGUGGUCAUCUCUCAAUAGUGGUAUAAGUGGGGGACUAGGAUCAUCGGUUGCAUCUGACUACGGACUGAGUGCUCUUCAUGUUCAGUGCAUCCAGUACUCGGAGUGGGUGCAGCAGAGUUACGGUAAUGAUGAUUCUAUAUUACCAUUAACAAAAUCACCAAUGUUACAAUUGGACCGGUUUCGCAGUAACUUCCGUGCACUAUUACGUCAGUACAGUGGAAGUGGAUUUGAUAGUUAUGAUGACGGUGAUGAAAGCUUUAACUGUGUGCUCAAUUACAAAGAUAAAAACUUUCAGAAGGAUGAAAAUACCUCUUACCAUGAAGAAUUUAACUACAACCAAAACGACAACUUUGCAUACGAACAACAGUAUGAAGACAAUGUGGAGGAAUAUGGCAAAAGUGGUGCUGAUUAUGAUGAAUGUGGCGAUGAUGAUGAUGAUGAUGCUACAGUUAUCUACUGUAAUAACAAAAGUUCUCUUUCGGCGGUAAAAAGUGUUGCAGUUGAUACCAUGUGCGUGGACUCACAUGUUGCAUCUACAGCAGCAGAAAAGCAACGACAAACAACAACGAAAAAUGAACAAUGCCAUCGCUUUAAACAAGUUCAAGAAGAAGAUCAAUACUAUCGCUGGAUUGAGGAUGUGAGUGCGAAUAGUCCAGGCCCCGCACCGUUGAAUCUCGUGUUCUGCACUGAGCUUCAUGUCCGUCUAUUUUGGCCUCCAACUCUUUUCCUUCAAGACAUACAUGACAACAAAAAUACUGUUGACCCUAAGUUAGCAAUACCCGCCUACGCGCUAGGUACGACCUACAUGGCGACCGCAAUAGCCGCUUACGAUAAUGAAAGCGAAUCGACUAACCAUGCGCCACCGUCAUUGGCUCAGAAUCAUGUGAUAACUGCACAACUGGAUCAAGCCGCUCAGGAUAUGCGUCUCAGGUACAAAGCCAUGGACGAUUUUUUAGAUACAGCGUGUGCCUAUUCAACAUUGGUCGCUAAAAUAGCAAUGAACUAUGAAGAUAAUACGAUGGCGGGCAAACAACAACAGCAUUUUAAUCUGUCACAGAGUGUUUAGAAGAGCCAUUCUUUCUCACUCCGGUGAAUGUCUAAUACUGUUUAGGUCAAGUUGUGCUAAACUACUUGGGAGUAAUAAAAACAAUAUCGACAUCAUGGCAUUAGUCAAGUAGAUUCAUAACUUCAUGGUACAAUAUUGCAAGUAUUAUUUCUUGUUUAUUUACUAUAUAUUAUGUAUAAUAUUGUAAAUAAGUUGUAUGAGCUCUGUGCACAAUUAUUUAUCAGGAACCUAAUUCACAUCUCAGUUUCAAAGACUGUAACAAAAUUAAAUAUUUUUAAGCAUUUAACUUUCACCAUAAAAAGAUCUGAAAACUUUUAAAAAAAAAUUGAGGAAUACAGUGAUGAGAUGUUAAUGAGUAUUGUUUCAGUGCAAUACAGAGGUUUUAUUAUUAAUUUGAAUAGAGAUUUUGUUAACUGUUUUUUUUUUUAGUUUAUAUAAAUGUAUGUUAAAAUGAUUUUCGAAAUUUGUUUAACAUAGUUAAAUAUAAAAUUGAGUAAAGAUUUAAGAAAGGGUUACAACUUCAAUUUAAUAUAAAAAUUAAUACAAAUAUUGUUUUCAUAAUAAUACACAAUUAAUGUUAAAAGUUAACACAAUUGUUGUAGGAUUGAUGAUCCAUAUUUAUUCAGCUAAACUGUUUCGAAAAUUAUUUUUUGUAUAUAUAGAUAAAGCCUAAGUAUGAUUCACAGAAAUGCAAGUCCUUGUACAAUUCCCCACUUCCCUUGUGACAUUGUAUCACUGACGUGCAUCUGCUAUCAUAUUUAUGGGUUAGAUUAGGUUAGUUUAUUUUAUAAUUAUAAAUGUUACACAUGAGUGUACUCAUUAUGGUGGAUUAUUCUAAUUAAACUGCCCAGUGGCUAGGGGUAGUAAGAAUACUGGCCACGGUGGUGAGCGCGACCGGUCGUAAGAGGCGUCCAACGCGCUCCUGCGCGCAUUUAACAUCAUCCUGGUGGUGGCGAUUUAAUGCCAAAAAGCCCAGAGCUGCGAACUAUGAGACGCGCGCAGCUGGCAGCAUAUUUUGUUAAGCUCUAUUUUUUCACAUCAUUAUUUAUGGUUCAUUAUAAUUUUUUUUUUUUGAGGACUGCUGAAUACUUUUGAUUUUUAUAGGGAUAUGUAUCUAUGCAUUCAAUAUACCCCAAAAUAUGAUUAAGCCUUAUCAUCACAGGCUGAACAUAACAUCUAAAGUAGUAUUUAUCUCAUUUGUUUAUAAUGAAAGUUUAGGGAAAAAGAAAUUUAUCAAUUUAAACCUAGCUGUUUAUUAAAAAAAAAUUUUUUCUCAAAAUCUUUUAUUUAAUUUAAAUAUUAUUUUAUAUUUUCCUUUAUUUAAUCGUUUUUUUUAAGUUUUUAAAUUUUUCUUUUAUUCUAAUAAGAAUUUGUAAUUAUAUUUUAUAGGUCUUAGUUCAAUUUUCUUUUUUACACUAGGUAUAAGUUAGUCUUUUCGUGAACAGUUAUUUAAGCUGUGUUUAUUUAAGGUUUAAGAAUUUAAGAUGUAAUAUACAUUUAUAUUAUAAAUAUUUACCUAGUAUUUACUUAUUUUUUUUUUUUUUUUUUUAAUAAGAGGCAAUGGACUGUUAUUUUAAGAGUUUAAGAUUUUAUGAUUUAGAAUCAAUGAAGAUGAGCACUAUUUAACGAUAUUAGAAAUACAUUUGAAUGUAGAUUAAUGUAAAUAAAUAAAUAUACCCAAAUAAUAUACAACGGUUCGUUGGCAAUUUGGAUAGGACAUGAAAAGCUUCAAUACUCGAGUCGAGGUUUUGUUUUUUCAUUUUUAUUUUUUUGAUGUACAUGCUCCUAGUUGUUAGUUAGGUACUACAAGUUUUACAACAGUUGCAUGUACACGCCCGCUCGAUAGUUUAAGUAUAAAUAUAAGUUUAAUAUUAAUUUACAUAUUACUAUAUUAGUUUAUUAGGUUUAUCAGGUAUUAUUGUGUCUAGUUGUUUAGUAGUUGUGUCUAAUUGGGUAGUAGCUAUGUCAUAUAUUUUUAGUCUAGAGUUUAAAAUUGCAGCGAAGGUUUCGUACUGGCUUAAAUCCAUUUAGUAAGUAGACUACAAGUAUGCCCUCAUGUAGGAUUUGCAUAUACUACAUAUCCGCCAUACAGCGCAUGUAUAAGUCCUUUAGUUCAAUUUUUAUUUUAUUUUUUACUUUAUUCAUAUUAAAUUGAAUAAUAAUUAAUUAUGGUUAAAUUAUCGUUAAGUCCUAUAUUUCUUUAGUUGAUUAUAGUGUUGUGACCAACUUACAAUUUUCCACAUCAGCUCGUUUAGACAUUAUUUAAUUCGUAAAAUUAUAUUAAAAUUUAAUAUUAUCGUAUGAAUUUGAAUAAGAAAAAAUAAUAUGCUAUGAUUCAUCGUUGACAAAAAAUUUCAAACCGUGUAAUAAUUAUUAAUAUUAUUUUAUUAUUUAUCAUAACACUCAUACAGCAUAAAAAAUAUUUAUCUCAUGCUAAGUCUUUUUAAGUUACUAUGUUUAUCAUAUUUUUAGUCUAGAGUUUAAAAUGAUGGCUAAGGUUUCGCCCUUGCUUAAAUCAUAAGCAUAAUAUAAUGGAUUAGAUGUAUUGUUCGUGUGUACCAGGAUACAAUUUUAUUUUCAGAUACCUAUUUUUUUUUGCAUACUUACUGCUUGCAUGCAUUUAAGCCCUUUAAAUAAGUGUUCAUUUUAUUUUUUACUUUAUUCAUAUUAGAUUUAAUAAUUAUUUAUUAUGGUUAAAGUAUCGUUAAGUCAAAUAUUAUUAUUAUUUGAUUAUAGUGUUGUCGCCAACAUUUGUAAGUCCUUUAGUUUAGUUUUUAUUUUAUUUUUACUUUAUUCAUAUUAAAUUGAAUAAUAAUUAAUUAUGGUUAAAUUAUUGUUAAGUCCGAUAUUUCUUUAGUUGAUUAUAGUGUUGUGGUCAACGCUACAAUUUUCCACAUCACCCCGUUUAAGAAUAAUUUAUUUCGUAAAAAAAUUAUAUUUAAAUUAAAUAUUAUCGUAUAAAUUUGAAUAAGAAAAAAUAAUAUUAUAUGAUUCAUCGUUGCCGAUAAAUUCCAAACCAUGAAAUAAUUAUUAAUAUUAUUUUGUUAUUUGUCAUAACACUCAUACAAAAUAAAAAAUAAUUGUCGCAUGCUAAGUCUUUUUAAGUUACUAUGUUUAUUAUAUUUUUAGUCUAGAGUUUAAAGUUAUGGCUAAGGUUCCGCCCUGGCGUAAAUUAUAAGCAUAACAUAGUGAAUUAGAAUAUUAGGUGUCUAAAUUAUUCGCGUGUGCCGGGAUACGGUUUUUUUUUCAUAAACCUAUUUAUUUUACAUACUCGCCGUGCGCAUGCAUUAGUCGUUUAGUUUAGUUUUCAUUUUAUUUUUACUUUAUUCAUAUUAAAUUUAAUAAUAAUUAAUUAUGGUAAAAUUAUUAUUAUUAUUUGAUUAUAUUGGUAAUUAUAUUAUCAUAUGGACCAAUUAAUUCUUCGCUCAUUCAUAUUGUGUUCACCCUAUAACUUGACCUAUAACUUUUAAAUAAUUAUGACAUUAUAACAAAAUUCCAGUAAAUCACUAUCAAUCCAUUUCCUGUUUCAUAGCCAAAAUUAAUUUUUUUUUUUAUUGUUCACAAAACAACUAUUUCGAAAACUUUGUAUUUAAAGGUACAAAGAUAAAGAUAAAGAUUUUUUUUUUAAUAAUUAAAUACCAAUAUCAGUUAAAUAAUAAUAAUAUAUAAAUAGUUCUAUUUGAGUGAAGUUGCGUUGAAUAAUGUUUCAUUAAGAAAAUAUAAGUUGUUUUAAUCGGUACUGAUAUAAUCUGCAUAAAAAUGUUGACCAAGAAAAAAUAAAUUUAUUUUAUCACAUCUUAAAAAUUAUACUGCUGAACAUUCACUAUGAUUGGUUUUAAACAUUUUAAUUUUAGAUAUGACAAUUAAACAUUAAAAUUUAAUGAUUUUCAAUUAAAUUAACAGUUGAAGAUUUUAUACAACCUAAAUUAUUGUGAAAGUAACUAAGUACAAAUUAUUUAAUAGACACCCGGGUUAUGUAAUAUAUCGUAUGGUAUAUUUACAAAUGGUUUAUCUAUUUAACCAGUGUAUUUAUUAAAUGUACUGGUAUUUUUUUUCUGUAUUUUAUUUUAAUAUCUAAAUGGCUAUAUAAUAUUACUUAUACUGUUACUUUUUUUUUAUUAGAAUUAACAAUUGAUAAUAUUAUUAUUAUUUAUUAUCAUCGUUUGAAUUUUGUAAAAGCGUGCAGCUCAAAGAAAUGUGGUAAGAGUUAAAAAAAAAAACCAAUGUAAAAAUGUAUUAGUGUAUCACUUGUAACGUAACAGUAGAAUCAAUGAGUUAAUUAAUUAUAACUUAUAGUAACAACUUUGUAGCAAUUGAUUAAUAUUUUUUUUUUAAAAAACAUGUAUGAAAUAUUUAUCUCUAUGAGUCUUGUAUACCAUAUAUAAUAUUUCCGGUGUAUCGUAGUAUUAUUUUUCAUAUUUUAUCGAUUUGUGAUUAUUUUUUUAUUUUAAUGAUGUCUGCACGUGCAAUUUUAUUCGAAUUAAUAAAUGAUAAAAUAAUACAUUAUA